UCGAGCUAAGUCGAAAACGUGACUGAUAUGUCGAAAGUUUUCUCGUGUUCCGAAGUUUGUUUAUCUAUGCAGGUGUUCUGUAUCGUAUUAUUAAAUCUUAUUAAAGUGGAAUCUGCAUUCAGAAUGCUUCUUAGCAGGUUAACUAUUCAAAUGAAGAUCAAGCCAAGGUGCUGCUCAACAAACGCAAGAAGGGAAGGACCUGUUCAUCUUUCGGUCAAUGGUCGAGAGUUUCAACGUGAUACAUGGAGCAACGUGUCAUCAAAAAUUCUGUCCCAUUUGGGUAAAAAACUACAUUUACAAAAAUAUCACCCCCUAUCACUAAUUAAACAAAGGAUUGUAAACUUAUUCUACAAGAGAUUUGUUGGUCGUACAGGAAAUCCUAUUUUCUCAGUAUAUGACGACUUAGAGCCUAUAGUCUCAAUAAAACAAAAUUUUGAUAGUUUGUUAAUCCCUCCAUACCAUCAAAGUAGAAAGAAAAGUGAUUGUUAUUACAUAAAUUGUGAUUAUCUUCUGCGAGCUCAUACUACAGCUCAUCAGUCAGAACUUAUAGGAAUGGGACUUAAUAAUUUUCUUGUUAUUGGCGAUGUGUAUAGAAGAGAUGAAAUUGAUUCAACUCAUUAUCCUGUCUUCCAUCAAGUUGAUGCAGUCAGACUUUGCGGUAAACAUGAAGUUUUUAGGUCCAUUGAAAAUGGUGAUAAAAUGGCUGUAUUUGAAAAUGAAGGUGAGAGAACAGCUCAGAAACAAGAGGCACAUACACUGGAAGCAAGUAAAAUAAUGGAAGAUGAGUUGAAGUCUACUCUUAUUGUGUUGGCUCAGGAUUUGUUUGGGCAAGAGGUGAAGUAUCGUUGGGUGGAUGCUUACUUUCCCUUUACUCAUCCUUCAUGGGAACUGGAAGUCCAUCAUCAGGAUAAAUGGAUGGAGCUUCUAGGUUGUGGUAUUAUGGAGCAAAGAAUACUUCAGAAUGCUGGUGCACAAGAUCGGAUUGGCUGGGCACUUGGACUGGGUUUGGAACGUCUUGCCAUGUGCCUGUACGAUAUCCCUGACAUCAGGCUUUUCUGGAGCACAGAUUCAGGAUUUCUGUCACAGUUUGAAAACAGGGAUCCCCAUGACUGCAUCAAAUACAAGCCAGUCAGCAUAUAUCCACAAUGCAUCAAUGACAUCAGCUUUUGGUUACCAAAUGAUGGAGAUUAUACAUCAAAUGAUUUUUAUGAUCUUGUUCGUGAAAUAGGAGGAGAUAUUGUGGAACAGAUAUCUUUGGUUGACAAGUAUUUUCAUCCAAAGAAACAACAUACAAGUCACUGUUACCGUAUUGUUUACCGCCACAUGGAGAAGACUCUAACCCAGGAAGAGGUGAACACAAUUCACAAACAGAUUGAAAAAGCAGUAGCUCUUAAGUUCAAUGUUAGUAUCAGGUGACUCCAGUGAUGAUAUGUAUGUUUAUAAUAAGUAAUCAGUCAUAAUAAAUUAUGCCUUUCAGAGACAAUGUU